GUUGCUACAUUCCCUGAUCCCAGAGUGUGUGUUUGUUUGGGGUUAUACAAAUCUGAUCUGGGGGGGGGGGGGGCUGCCUAAGGUGGAGAUAAGGUAGAAGACAUCCCUCCACAGUGAGAGGAGACCUCAUCGUAUGUGAGUACGUGACGACAUCUCUGAGAAGGGGAACCAUAACAUUUAUCUUCCAAACGAGGACACUUCUGAGAGCGAAAGGGAGAUCCAUGAACAUUUUCACCAGGACAGCAGGCAUAAACCAGAAUGUCCCAGGCAAGGGGGUAGAUCAUGGAACUUCUUGAUAUAAAACCUGCCAGAUGACCAGGAAAGUCCACAUACUGGGACAAGUGUGAGUUGAGCUGUUUGGGACAAGGAUGGGGGCAUCAGAGGAGGAAAUGGGCACAGAGAGUAGCCUGUAAUCAACCAAGGGUGCAGAGGUGUUAUAUAUAAUCGCUCUUCAGGGAACCGGGCCUCCAGCCCACGCCCCAGCUGCUCCCCCCGCCUCUCCGAAUUGACUGUCCGUCCCUUCCCUGGAACUCCUAAGCCUGACCCUGCUCCCUGCCCCUCCCAGCCCACGGUUCCCCUGACCCCACUCCCUUUCCCAGAACUCAGUCGUCUGAGCCCCCAGCCUGCGGUUCACUCCUAGGCCUCAGCCUUUCCUGCCUUCGACUGAAACAGCAGCAUCUUCUAAGCCCUGGGGGCUUCCCCGGGCCCAGCUGGGGCCUAGAACCCGCCCGCUGCCUGCCACGCUGCCACUGCAGCUUCCUCUAUAAAGGGACCCAGGCGUCCGGGCCCAGGGGCCCCACAGAGCAGGUUCUCCCCAUGACACCACCUGGAAGGCUCUACCUCCUGCGGGUGUGCAGCGCCCCCCUCCUCCUCCUCCUUCUGGGGCUGCUGCUGGCCCUGCCGCCUGAGGCCCAGGGGCUUCCUGGUGUUGGCAUCUCACCCUCAGCUGCCCGGACUACCUAUCAGCACCCUCAGAAGCACUUCGCACAAGGCACCCUCAAACCUGCUGCUCAUCUUAUUGGUAAACACCAUCUGGCCCUCCAGACACAUAGUCCCCAGCUCUCCUCCUACACCCCCUCAAGGAACCAAGCACCUACUGCACCCCUCCCCCAACUUUCUCCACCUCCCAAAACAGGGGCAUCCCUCUCCCAUCUGUCCUCCCAACCAUCCCCCCAGGAACCCAGUCCAGCACCUACUUCCUCAGGGAUUAAGACUGCUGACCCCCAGCUUCUUGACCUCUCCCAUCCCCUAUGGCUCUUCCUAGGAGACCCCAGCACCCAGAACUCACUGCGCUGGAGAGCAAACACAGAUCGUGCCUUCCUCCGCCAUGGCUUCUCCUUGAGCAACAACUCCCUCCUGGUCCCUACCAGUGGCCUCUACUUUGUCUACUCUCAGGUGGUCUUCUCUGGGGAAGGCUGCUUCCCCAAGGCCACCCCAACCCCUCUCUACCUGGCCCAUGAGGUCCAGCUCUUCUCCUCCCAGUACCCCUUCCACGUGCCUCUCCUCAGUGCUCAGAAGUCCGUGUGCCCAGGGCCACAGGGACCUUGGGUGCGCUCUGUGUACCAGGGAGCUGUGUUCCUGCUCACCCAGGGAGAUCAGCUAUCCACUCACACAGAUGGCAUCUCCCACCUACUCCUCAGCCCCAGUAGUGUCUUCUUUGGAGCGUUUGCUCUGUAGAAAUCUCCAGAAAGAAAACUAAUUGGUUUCAAGACCUUCUCCCAUUUUGCCUCCGUGCUGACCACUUCAAGGGUGUCACCACACCUCUUUUGACCAUUCCACGUGUCUCAAGUCUCCCUGCUUAUGUUACCUGGAGCUUCCAAAGAAGGAAUUCUAGGCAGCCCGGGGGACCACACCCGCCUGAACUACACCAAUGCGAGGCUGAGGAUUUCAAGUCUGCCUAGAAGUUCCCACCCAGAGCUCUUCAUCUGUCCUGCCCAUCUAAGGAAAGCCUGGCCCUGCACGUGGAGGGGGCAGACACAUGGAGGAGCUUGAGUGGAUGACAGGAGGCAGGGGAGGGGGGAUUAUUUAUAGAGGGAAAAAAUUAAAUUAUUUAUUUAUGGAGGAUGGAGGGAAGGGAAUAAUAGAGGGCCAUCAGAAGAGAGAGAGAGAGAGAUACACCCAAGAGAUGAAGAGCCAGAGAACAUCAGCAUAAGGAUGACCCAGUGAGAGAGAAAACAAGUGAAUCUGAGACACCGGGGAGCUCUAGAAGGAAGCAAGAGACUCUUAAGAUCCAGCCACUGCUUGACUAGACACCCCAUGAGAAGACAUCUGCACCUUCAAUGAAGCCCAAUAAACCUCUUUUCUCUGAAA